UCGGAAAGAUGCCCUGCACACGCUCCCAGGUCCAGGCCCAGCCCACCCUGCCAUUCCCCAAACGCAAAUCCAGCAGGAAGACAUCCCAGCCCAAGAGCAACGCCAGGCAGGAGGAACCUCUGGCUGCAUGUCCAGUGAAACCCAGAUGUCAGGUCAUGGUCCCGGUUAUGAUGGGGAUAGAACCCCUCUCUCCCAGAUGCCAAGCUACCAAGCCCACCCCUAACUCCAUAAACCCCUCACCCAGGCUGCCACUCAGUCCACGAAAGCGCACAGACGACAAUGGUUGCAACCUCAACGUCAACCUCCUGGGCUCGCCACCGAAGCGAAGUAGACCUACAAUGACCUCGCCGCAAAAGUUCGGCUUUAAUGAAAAUUUGGAGAACUCGCCAAGACUGCCCCGCAAAUUGCCCUCCCCCAAGCAGAGCCUCCAUACUUCCCCAAGGCAGCACGAAACUCCACACAAAAGCCCUGCCCCCCAGGAGAGGAAGCCGCCAGUCAUGCGUCUUUUUGCAGAGAUGUCGCAGUAUCAGACUGUGAAGCAGGCCCUCCACACGGCCGACCCCGAGCGCCUGCUGUCCAGAGAGGCAGAGCGAGCGUCCAUUCGCAGCUUUCUGGAGAAGGUGUUGCAAGGCAACCCAGGGAGCCUCUAUGUCUCUGGCGCCCCGGGCACAGGCAAGACGGCCUGCAUUAACUGUGUCUUACAGGAGAUGAAGGAUGACCUUAAGGCAAUCAAGAUUGUGGUGGUAAAUUGUAUGUCCCUGCGGAGCUCCCAUGCUAUAUUCCCCGUGCUUGCAGACAGACUUGGAGCCUCCGGCAGCCACACUGACAUCAAGCUUCAGAAGCUCCUGACCAGCCCGGGACCAAAUGUGCUCCUUGUCCUCGAUGAGAUGGACCAGUUGGACAGUAAGGCCCAGGAUGUUCUUUAUACCAUCUUCGAGUGGCCUUAUCUGCAAAAGUCUCGCCUCUGUCUCAUUGGCAUCGCCAACGCUCUGGACCUGACUGAUCGUAUCCUGCCCCGCUUACAAGCGCUGCCUCGCUGUCGGCCGCAGCUUUUGAACUUCCCUCCAUACAGCAGGGAGGAGCUCACAGCCAUCGUAAAGGACAGACUCACACAUGUGACGGCGGAGGGCAUCCUAGACGCUGCGGCCAUUCAGUUCUGUGCCAGAAAAGUGUCUGCGGUGUCCGGAGAUGCCAGGAAAGCUCUGGAUAUCUGCAGGAGAGCGGUGGAGAUGGUGGAGUCUGGCGAGAGAAAGAAUGCAGUUAACCAGUCAGCAGAAGCCAAAGUGUCACGGGUGAGCGUGCCCCAGGUCGCGCGUGUGUUGUCGGAGGUGUACGGGGACCGCAUGGCAUCGACGGGAGGUGGCGAGGGGGAGAGCUUUCCCCUGCAACAGAAACUCCUUGUCUGCUGCCUGCUGCUGCUCACACGCAACAGCAAGUGUAAGGAGGUCGUCUUGGGCAAGCUUCAUGAGGUGUACAGCCGUCUUUGUGCUAAGAGGCAGGUGGGCGGUGUGGCCCAGGGAGAAUGCCUUUCCCUUUGUGUGCUUCUGGAGAGCCGGGGAAUAUUUGCUCUGAAGAAGUCCAAAGAUGCCCGCUUUACCAAGGUGUUUCUGAAGAUCGAGGAGAGGGACGUGGAGAAGGCUCUGAAGGACCGGACACUGCUGGGAAGCAUCCUGGAAGCGGGUCUCCCGUAAUGCCAGUCAUUGUCUGCCAAUGAACUCAAGAGUACUAUUUAUAUGUCCAUUUUUAUCACUGCCUUUUUUAAGUUGGACUUAAAUAGUUAAGUUGCUUUUUGAUGUGUUUUCUAUUUUUUAUCACAUUUUUGUCCAGUGGACAACAUACUGAUUAAGAAUGAGCU